AUGUCGCGAUCACUAGCACGCCGCAUCUACUCCGACGUCUUCGCCAAAUGGCCCAAGCAGGACCUCCGACCCGACUACCAGUUCCAGGAUGUCCUCGCCAAGGUCGUUGACGAGCGCUUCAAGAACUACAAGCCAUCCAUCGAGCCCGAGGAGCUGCUAAAGGCGCGGGCGCUGCAAUUCCUGGUGCAGAACAAGUUUAGAGAUAGGUAUAAGCUUAAGGGUCCUAUGCUGGAACCCAAGAGCCAGCCGACGUACUUUGAAGACUUGGUCAGGGAGAUUGAGGAGGCGCCGAAGAGAACCUGGCUGGAGAGAUUGGGCAAGAGAUUGUCGGGAAUGAUUAGACUGCAAUGA